AUGGAUGAUGAAGAGCUAGAAUUAAAGAGGCAGUUGAGAAAGGCUAAAGCUGACGAAUUAGCGAGACGUAAGCGUCAGCGAGAGGAUGCAGAAGACCUCAAAAACUUCAAAAAGCCACUUCCGAAUUGUGCCAUAUACGUUUCCAAUUUACCGCUAAAAGAUCUCAAUAAGGAAGAAAUUAUCGAUGAAUUUACGAGAUUUGGGAUUAUUAGAAAGGACCCUAUAACAGAUCAACCAAGAUGCAAGUUGUAUGUUGAUAAGGAUGGAAUAUUCAAGGGUGAUGCCUUGAUUGUGUAUUUCAGACCAGAAAGCGUCGAAAUGGCGAUUGAGCUCAUGAACGGGGCCACAUAUAAGGGACAAAAGCUGAAGGUAGAGGAAGCUACGUUCAAUGAAGCAGCAAAGAAAACAGAAACGACUUUGGAAGAGGCUUCAGAGUUCAAGAAAAUGAAAGUUUUGAAGUCCAAAGAACAAGAGCGGGAACUGAAUGACUGGAGCGAUACGGAAAGUCGAUCAGAAAAGUCUAGAGACGACGAGUCUUCAAGUAACCGUUCCACAGAGAGCAUGUCGGAUAAGGUUACUCGAGUCGUGAUCUUAACCAAUGUCCUGGAUUUGUAUGCUAAUUUAGGACCUCAAGAGGUUGCCGAGAUAGCCGCAGACUUGAAAGAUGGAUGCCAAGCGGUCGGCGAAGUGGUGAGUCUCGAGUUAGACGACGUUCUUGGACAAGCAAAGGUAGAGUAUUCAACGCAAGAGCUCGCACGCGAAUGCUGCCAGAUGAUGAACGGACGUUAUUUCGAUGGCAGAAAAUUGAUGGCAUACACGCUGGACGAAGAAUCGAGCGAUGGCCUCCGCGACUUGCUAAAUUGA